GUAUCCACCUCCUCCCCCAUGCCUUCCGCCCUCGGAACCGUCUUAGGUCGGCCAAUGGAAGACGUGAGAUCAACCUAUAACAUCGGCAAAGAAUUGGGUAGGGGUCAGUUCGGGGUAACCCGAUUGUGUUCCCACAAAACAACGAGGGAACAAUUUGCCUGCAAGACGAUAGCCAAGAGAAAACUGACCAACAAAGAGGACAUCGAGGAUGUUAAAAGGGAAGUACAAAUCAUGCAUCAUUUAACGGGACAACCUAACAUCGUGGAGCUCAAAGGAGCUUUCGAAGAUAAACAAUCGGUUCACCUGGUGAUGGAGUUAUGUGCCGGAGGUGAGCUGUUCGAUCGGAUCAUUGCCGAGGGCCAUUAUACCGAGCGAGCCGCGGCUUCUUUGCUUAGAACAAUUGUUCAGAUCGUGCACACUUGCCAUUCUAUGGGGGUCAUCCAUAGGGAUCUCAAGCCUGAGAAUUUCUUGUUGUUGAACAAGGAAGAUGAUUCACCACUCAAGGCCACGGAUUUUGGUCUUUCUGCGUUUUAUAAACCAGGUGAAGAAUUUAAAGACAUUGUUGGAAGUGCAUAUUAUAUUGCACCCGAAGUUUUGAAACGGAAAUAUGGACCGGAAGCUGACAUAUGGAGUAUUGGAGUUAUGUUGUAUAUUCUUCUCUCUGGUUUCCCUCCCUUCUGGUCGGAAUCCGAGAAUGGGAUAUUCAAUGCAAUUUUACGAGGGCAUAUAGAUUUCAGCAGUGAUCCAUGGCCUCAAAUUUCAAGUCAAGCAAAGGAUGUUGUAAGCAAGAUGCUAAAUUCGGAUCCCAAGAAGAGAUUAACCGCAAGCCAGGUUCUAAGUCAUCCAUGGAUCAAAGAGGAUGGUGAAGCGCCGGACAUACCUCUGGACAAUGCAGUGCUGAACAAGCUGAAGCAAUUCAAAGCGAUGAGCCAGUUCAAGAAAGUUGCUUUGCGGGUAAUUGCGGGGUGUUUAUCGGAGGAAGAAAUCAUGGGAUUGAAAGAGAUGUUCAAAGGCAUGGAUACCGAUAACAGCGGCACCAUAACACUUGAAGAAUUGAAACAAGGCCUGGCAAAACAGGGAACCAAACUCUCGGAAUAUGAAGUUCAACAACUAAUGGAGGCCGCUGAUGCAGACGGAAAUGGAACCAUAGACUACGAUGAGUUCAUCACUGCAACAAUGCACAUGAACCGAAUGGAUAGAGAAGAUCAUCUCUACCAUGCCUUCCAACACUUUGAUAAAGAUAACAGCGGAUAUAUUACGAUUGAAGAAUUAGACCAAACUCUACGUGAAUAUGGAAUGCAUAACGGUCGAGACAUAAGGGAAAUCAUUUCUGAAGUUGAUACUGACCAUGAUGGAAGGAUUAACUACGAUGAAUUCGUCGCAAUGAUGAGAAAAGGAAACUCCGAAUCUAACCCCAAGAAGCGACGUGAUCUAUUUGUUUGA